GAGGCAUAAGCCAGUAGCAAACUAUUGCGGCCGAUUCCAGCCUUUUCCUGGCAUUUUUUGAAAAAGCGCCUCUGUUGCUUUAAAUGAGGAGAGGACUUCAUCUUCAGGUGGAGUCAAUUCUUGCUGGGUUAUAAAUUUGCUGGGAGCCGAGAUAGCAGCUGGUUGUUGUUUUUUUGCUGGAAUCUUAGCAAGCGUAUAGAACCAGUAUGGUAAGCUGAUGGCAUUGUAGUUUCUCGUUUGGAUUUGAAACUGUCGCUUGAGUGCUGUAUGUAUUGAUUUUAUCUGGGCUGUGGAUCUUUUUGAUAACUUUCAGUUAACUUUUCUGGAAGGGUUAUUGAUGAAUACUUUAAGCUCAUUUGGGCUGGUGUUUGCUCCUUAUAAGGUAAAAGCUAGGCUGUAGCAAAAGGGAGGUUUAGAAGGAGGGGGGUCUUUUCCGUACACCCCUCCCCUUAGUUUUUCUCUGUUCGGUGGCUUAGCUGAUCUUCUUGCAAAGUUGUGGGUUUCCUUUCUGACAGCUGAGCUCUCUUUUCCCUCUGGAUCUUUAGAGGCAUAAAAUGUGUUCUUCUGCCGUAUAAAGUCCCGCUCUCAUUUUUCCACCUCCCCUUUCCUCCUGCCCUUUACCCUACAUUAUUUCACACUUCAGUUAUGAGCAUGGUUUAGGUAGGAGAUUACUGUACUUUUGCAGAUUUCUUCCCCUUAUUCCCCUCCCCUGUAUAAGAGGAAACUGCCAUAUUGCCUUUGUCUACUGUAAUCCCAAGGGCUGAUAUGCUAAAAGAAUAGAGUCGCUCCCCCUUUCCAGAAAAUAUAUAUAUUAUUUGUGAAUGUUUCAAAACUAUAGACUUUCGGACAACCUCAAAAAAAGUUUAACUGAAACUUCUGGGAAGCUCUUACAAAGGACUGCUGCUUGCAUUUCAUUUAUUUAUGCUAAUCUUAAUGGAUUUUAAUUAAGAUAGCUGCUUAGGGGGUGUAGGGGGAGUCCAAAAAUCUAGAGUGCUUUAUCCCAAAAAGGAGAUCCAUUGUUGGUCUUUACUCGUGAGUAGGCCCAGGUCCACUGACAGGGCAGUUCUGGAAGUCUAUAUUGCAUGAGCUGAAUUUCUGAGCUGUGACUUCACUCCUUAACCCAGCAAAAAUUUGGAUUCAAAGACCUAUUGUUCUCUUGUUAUCAAGCUGCCCAGUUGAGUAUUUGCAUGGAAGUUUAACUAGGAAAACCUGCCAGUCCAACAGUGUUGAGUUGGAAUUCCUGGAGGGGAGAAAAAAACCCUGUAGAAUUUUGAUCUUGUAUGGUCCUGGAGCAGAAAUGGAUUAAGCUUUUUUUAAUUUCUUUAAGUUGGGCGGUGGUAUGCUUUAACAGUUGCACGUGGAAGCCAAGAGACGGCUGUCUCUGGCUGAGGAUAUCUUCUGCAAUUCCAGACUGGCUUCAUAGAAUCAUAGAGUUGGAAGAGACCACAAGGGCCAUCGAGUCCAACCCCCUGCCAAGCAGGAAACGAGCUUCUUUGCUCUGUUGUGGAAAUACCAGCAUCGGUUGUGUCGGGAGCAGGUGCUACCACUUGGCAAACUGUUGAGAGAGAGGGAAAAGGGGAGUGGGGACUUCUCUUCUUUGCUGGCCGCAAGGAAUGUCCCCUGAGUGACUCCAGCAAAUUGGGACAGAAGAGCUACAAUUAGAACUCCCAUCACAGAUAGAUGGACGGGGACUGUGGCAUGCUGCGGAGGGCGGUGUGAAAAGCAGCUGUCAGAUCUGAUGAGCAGAAGCUGGUGUGGUCAUCUCGCAUUUUGAUCGCCUGUAGGCUUCCCGGGGCUGACCGCUGUAGGAUGUGGGAGGGAGGGAGCGAAGGACUGGAUGAACUCUCCUCUGAUCCUUCGCGUUGUGUUCUUGACACAUGACUCAUAAUCUCGCCGCAGUUGGAAGAACGCGGAUCAGGCUGUGGCUGACCGUAGUCAUCUCACUGGGAUAAAGCUUUUUUAAAAAAAUUAAUGCUGCUUCUCCUUUAUUUCUCCGCCCCAAAAGCACGCAUGUGUCAUGGUCGUGGCAUCUCAAAUAUGCCGAACAGAUUUCGCCGGGUUUUACACCUGUUAUUGAGGCGCUCUUGUCUCUCGGGCCAUUUCUGGGCUCUGAACCAAAGUCUUGCCACAACCCCCUCUUAAAAAAAAAAAACCAAAAGGGAAGGCGCUAUGUGGAGUCAUCGAAAGUAACUGCGGGAGUUCAGGACAGCUGAAUGGAAGCGGUACUGCAUUUAUGGUCAACCAGGAUGAUUGGCCUGCUUCCAUCAGUUUGGGGAGCUUCCAGGAUGUUCCUAAUUUGGGGUAGGAUUCCAUUGCGUUGCGGCCAAUCCAGGUGGCGCAAUGUUAGUCGAUCGAGAGCUGCUUUGCCAAAAGCUUGGGCUUUUUUGCAAGAAGGAAAAUGUCUGGAAGAUGUGCUUGCUUUGAUGCAACAUCAUCUCGCCUCCCCCUGCGAACAAGCCAGGACGAAUGCACACCAACUAGCCAAUGUUAUCCAGUCCCCUUGCAAAUGAAUCGGGAUGAAUGCUCAAUAUAACAGAGUCUCCUCCAGACCAUAAUUCAGAAGCAUCCAUUCUUCGGUGAUCAGCCUUCUUUAUGGUCCAGCUCUCACUUCCAUACAUCACUACUGGGAAAACCAUGGCUUUAACUAUACAGACCUUUGUUGGCAAGGUGAUGUCUCUGCUUUUUUAGGUGCUGUCUAGGGUGGGUUACAACAAUUUACAAUUACAACCCAGUGUGGGUUACAACAAUUUAAAAUACACCUUUUAACAACGAUUUAAAGCAAAUGGUUAAUGUUGCUGGCUAUGAAAUGACCUAGACCCUGCGAUCCCCUCAGGCCCUUCUUUGUGUGGCUCCUCUUUGAGGCGUUUGGAGGGUGGCAGCAAGAGAACGGGGCCUUUUCAACGGUGGCUCCCUGGUUGUGGAAUGCGCUCCCCAGCCAGGCUUGCCUGGCGCCUUCCUUAAAUAUCUUUAGGCACCAGGCAAAAAUGUUUCUCUAUAACAGCUGUUUUCAGCCUGUGGGUCCCCAGAUGCUGUUGGACUACAACUCCCAUCAUCCUUGAGCUCUGGCCUUGCUAGCUAGGGGUGAUGGGAGGUGUAGUUCAACAACAUCUGGGGACUCACAGGUUGAGAAAGGCUGCUCUAUAACUAAGCUUUUUGGCUGAUUAACAUUCUAUGGCAUCCAUCUGUAUCGGGAGACAAUACAAUGCACCUCUGGGGGCUGAAAUCAAGAUGUAGGAAGGUUGCAGCAACUGCUGGAGACAGAUGUGGGAGAGAUUACUGGUUUUAUUACAUAUUUCAUGUCCUCGUUUUGUAUUUUUCAGUUGUGAGCCACCCUAUGAUGUUUAGAUGAAGGGCGCUAUAUAGAUUUAAUAAAUACCGUACUUUUCUGUGUAUACGACUAUGGUUUUUUUCUGUAAAAAAUUCAUGCUAAAAAGUGGGGGCCGUCUUAUGCAUGGGUAGUGCAUAGGGUGGACGUUUGGUUGGUUGCUGUCGAGGCUGUCAGCGGCUAUUGUGCACGUUAUUGGUUGCCGCGUCAAUGGGUGGUGUUGACUGGCUGACGCUUCGGCAGUUGGGCGUGCGAUUGGCAGCUUCUGCCGGCGAUGGGACAGACGAGAGGCGGAUUUAGCGACGCGUGCGGGUGAGCAGUUUUUGGCAAUCCCCCCUGAAAAAAACUCAACAACCCUGGGUAAUUCCCCCUAAAAAGCUCAACAACUCUGUGGCAUCUUCCCCCAUUUUCUUAAAUUUGAGUCCCCAAAAUAGGGGUCCUCUUAUACAUGGGGGCGUCUUAUAGACGGGAAAGUACGGUAAUAAUAUUUGAAUUUUGCUCAGCAACACCUGAUUCCACACAUGUGUGUGCAUGUGUUUCUGUCUGUGUCUCUCCCUCUGGCAAUCUUCUCUCCUCCUUCUCUGGAUUAUGUUGUCUUUUGGAUGCAUUAGUCCUCCUCACCAUCACCACAAAAUACAACUCAUCUUUGGCCUUCUGCCCCAGACUCCUGCCUCCUCCUUUUUUAGACUCUCUGAUUUGAGCAGCGCAGGCAACAGUAGUUAAGUUUCUCCCAGGGAGGGGGGAUAAAUUUGAUUCCGUUCACAUUUAAAGGCAGGCUUGCUGAAUCAGCAUUCACUUUGCAAAAAUGCGAAUAGUAGGCAAAAUUGCAUCGAAAAAUGUGUAUAGUAGGAGAAAGUCACAUGAAAUGCUGACAAAUUAUCCCGAAGACUUUUUUUUUUUAAUUCACAAACUGGUGUAGAAAUGAGGAUUGGGGAAAAUGAAAAGCCAAAGUAGCGAAGCACAUUUUCCCAUCCCUCUCUCUCCUGGCUGCCCUGUCCCUCUGUGACAUCACAGAAGCUCAUCCAAUCCAGGCUGGAGGCUCCAGCCACAAAGAGUCUCUGGCAUAGCACACUGCAGCAUGGAUUUUUAUUGCAGUUAAGGUCUAUUAUUGAUCGCUGGCCACAAAAGAUAAGGAUGGAAUCUCUUUAGGAAUAAUGGGUUUGUUUUAAACACGUGGCUAUCAUAAGACCAAGGGUUUAUCAGCCAAGCUGGGGGAGGGGAAUCACAUCUGGCAACCAAUGUGCCCCUUUGGUUUCAUAUAGUAUACAGGUAGAUGAGUCUAAAAAGCCUGGGAUACAAAUUUUCAUGGCCCUCUAGCGACUAUAGUGGCUCAUUUACCAGGAUGAAUGUAUUUAGCAUUAACAAUGGAAGUUUGCACUCUCGUUCUGACCAAACAAAGCCUCCUGGUGUAUCUUUUGCUCUAGGAUACACCUGAAUAUAAGGACGCGGGUGGCGCUGUGGUCUAAACCACUGAGCCUAGGACUUGCCGAUCAGAAGGUUGGUGGUUCGAAUCCCCGCGACGGGGUGAGCUCCCGUUGCUCAGUCCCUGCUCCUGCCAACCUAGCAGUUCGAAAGCACGUCAAAGUGCAAGUAGAUAAAUAGGGACCCCUGACCAUUAGGUCCAGUUGUGACUGACUCUGGGGUUGUGGCGUCAUCUCGCUUUAUUGGCCGAGAGAGCCGACGUACAGCUUCCGGGUCAUGUGGCCAGCAUGACUAAGCCACUUCUGGCGAACCAGAGCAGCGCACGGAAACGCUGUUUACCUUCCUGCUGGAGCGGUACCUAUUUAUCUACUUGCACUUUGACGUGCUUUCGAACUGCUAGGUUGGCAGGAGCAGGGACAGAGCAAUGGGAGCUCACCCCGUUGCGGGGAUUUGAACCGCCGACCUUCUGAUCAGCAAGCCCUAGGCUCUGUGGUUUAACCCACAGCGCCACCCACGUCCCUUGACUAGUAUAGGACAGAAUAGUAUAUUAAAUAGAAUAUUAAAUAUCAGCAUAUAAAUUUAAACAGAAAUCCACUCCUAACAAUCACAAUAAUUUCUAAACCACAAUCAAUAAAACAACGGCAAGCCAUGUCUUUAUAGCCAGUGCAGCAUAAUGUCUAGAGCAUCAGAUUAGGAGCAAGGAGAAGCGGGUUCAAAUCCCCACUUGGCCACAAAACUCGCCAUGUGACCUUGGGCUAAUCAUGUCCCCCAGUCAAGCUUUUGUGGGGAUCAACUGAGGUGCCCCCCCAAUCUGUGCACUCCUGAGCAAACUGGGAUUUCCUCCACUAUUAAAUAAGAGAGAAUCGGUGUUCUGCCAAUAAUUCGCUCCAAGGUUAUGCUCAGUCCAGUAUACCUGAAGGAGCAUCUCCACCCCCAUCAUUCUGCCCAGACACUGAGGUCCAGCGCCAAGGGCCUUCUGGUGGUUCCCUCACUGCGAGAAGCCAAGUUACAGGGAACCAGGCAGAGGGCCUUCUCGGUAGUGGCACCCGCCCUGUGGAACGCCCUCCCACCAGAUGUCAAAGAGAACAACAACUACCAGACUUUUAGAAGACAUCUGAAGGCAGCCCUGUUUAGGGAAGCUUUUAACAUUUGAUGCAUUCCUGUAUUUUAAUAUUUUGUUGAAAGCAGCCCAGAGUGGCUGGGGAAUAAAUAAUAAAUUAUUAUUAUUAUUCUUGCUGGUGAAGCGUGUUAAAGCAUCUUUCUCUCUGUCCCCUUCCAUUCCAGAGGGAGUGCCUGUCGAUUCACAUUGGCCAAGCUGGAGUUCAAAUGGGCAAUGCCUGCUGGGAGCUCUACUGCCUGGAACAUGGGAUUCAGACAGACGGCACCAUCGCCGGGAACCAGGCAGCUCCCAAAAUCCUGCCAGAGACAGACCAGGUGGACGCUUCUUUCGAGACGUUCUUCUGCGAGACUGCGUCAGGGAAGCACGUGCCCAGGGCAGUCUUCAUUGACUUGGAACCGACUGUCAUAGGUAAUAUCGUCUGCAGCGAUCCAUUGGGAUGAAAAUGACCUCUGGGAUGCUUUGUCGAUGUCCAGUAGUGAGUGCUGCCAACUCACCUGGGCGCAAGAUACAAGACAGCUGCCUUAAGGUUCACCCAAACUUCUUUGUUUCCAAGAACAGGUCUGUGCUUUAAAGCACUGCAUCCAAGCACUCCCUGGGAAAACACACUCUUUAUUAUAGCAAAUGGAGCAAACAGCAAUCCAAAUUGCUGUUUCUUCCACUUCAGCAUUAAAGAGCGGGUUUUCAGGCAUGAGUAUUUUCCAGUUCUACCAAUACAUGCAGGGGCUAGAUCCAGGAACCUUUUGCAUGGGAAGUACUGUAUUUUUCGCUCUAUAGGAUGCACCGGACCAUAGGAUGCACUGGACCAUAGGAGGGGGAGAAGAGGGGGAAAAAAAUUCUCCCCCUCUCUGCUCAGCGCCCCUUCAGCGAAGCGGCAGGAGAAACGGAGCCCUUUCUAUUUCUCCUCCCGCUUCACUGAAGGGGCGCUGCGCAGAGAGGGAAAACUGUGCAGCGCCUCUCCAGCCAAACGAAGCCUGGAGAGCAAGAGGGAUCGGUGUGCACCGACCCCUCUCGCUCUCCAGGCUUCAGACGGCCAUCCGCAAGCCUUCGAAGUGUGGUGGGAACUCCUGCUGCGCUCCGAAGGCUUGCGGAUAGCUGCCUGAAGCCCCCGGAGUGCAGCGGGAGUUCCCUGCGCUCCGGGGGCUUCAGGCGGCUUCAGCGAAAGCAACGUGAAGCCUCCGGAGCGCGGGGGGAGCUCUUCCUCUGCACUUCGGAGGCUUCGCAUUGCUAUCGCUGAAGCCAAGGAGCCUGCAUUCGCUCCAUAGGACGCACACACAUUUCCCCUUCAUUUUUGGAGGGGGAAAACUGCGUCCUAUAGAGCGAAAAAUACGGUAUGUACAGGGCCACUAGGCUACUAGUCAUACCUCAUGUUACGUUUGCUUCAGGUUGCGCGUUUUCAGGUUGCAUCCUGCGGCGACUUGGAAGUACUGGAAAGGGUUACUUCCGGGUUUCGCCGCUCGCGCAUGCGCAGACGUGCAAAAUGACAUCAUGCGCAUGUUCAGAAGUGGCGAAUCGCGACCCGUGCACGCACAGACGCAGGUUGCGUUCUUUUCAGGUUGCGAACAGGCCUCCAGAACGGAUCCUGUUCGCAACCAGAGGUACCACUGUACCGUCCUUGCCACUUUUGCUGGCAAGGCUGCUGUGCCUUUAAAAUCUGUAUUAUUGGUGGGAAUGUAAGUUGUCCAGCUAUUUUUAUGUUUGGAGACUUCAAGUACAGUUGUGCCUUGGAUCCCGAACGCCUUGGUACUAGGAUGUUUUGGCACCCGAACGCUGCAAACCAGGAAGCGAGUGUUCCAGUUUGCAAACGUUCUUUGGAACCUUAAUGUCCGAUGGGGACAAUCCACAGCUUCCAAUUGGCUGUGGGAGCUUCUUGCAGCCAAUCAGAAGCUGCGCUUUGGUUUCCGAACGUUUAGGAAGUUGAAUGGACUUCUGGAACAGAUUCCAUUUGACUUCUGAGGUACAACUGUAAACUACUUUCCUUGCAUUGUGUUCUCUUGCUAUGAUUUGACAAAGUUGCAGCAUAUGAUUAAAUAAAGCAGUGCCAUAGCUACGGGGAGACUACUUGAAUUUUUUGCCCCGGGGGGAGGAAGCCUCCAGAGGGGUGCUAUUGAGGCUCCCAGCUUCUGUGUGUGUACGCAAAUGUGUGUGAGGGGUGGUGAGUGCCAAACUGGGUCUUUGACCCGGGUGAAGUAAAGUCUAAGUUUGCCCCUGAAAUAAUGGGUUACAAUUCCGGGGAUGAGUCUAAUGUACAGUGGUACCUCUGGAUAUGAACGGGAUCCGUUCUGGAGCUCCGUUUGCAUCCUGAAGUAAACGUAAGAUGCGACUGCGCGGGUCGCGUUUCGUUGCUUCCGCGCAUGCACGUGACAUGAUUUUUGAGCGUCUGCGCAUGCGCAAGCGGCGAAACCUGGAAGUAACGCACUCUGUUACUUCCGGGUCGCUGCGGAGCGCAACCCAAAAAUACUUAACUUGAAGCUACUUCAACCCGAGGUAUGACUGUAGAAGCAAACUACAUCACUUUGGAUUUUCGUGAAAGUAGGCAAACAGUUAGAGGCAGGACAAACAUGGAGCCCUGCAGAUGUCGAGGACUCAAACUCCCAACAACUCCACCCAACAGGGCCAAUGGCAAGGGGUGUUGGAGGGUAUUCCAUAUUAGAGUAACAAAGGGCAUUUUCCAAUUUAUUGUGCUUGUGGACUCCCUCUUAUGCAUGGGUCGGCAAACUAAGGCCCAGGGGCCGGAUCCGGCCCAAUUGCUUUCUGGAUCCGGCCCGUGGAUGGUCCGGGAAUUGCCGUGUGGAUCGGCGUGGGGAUUCUGAUCAUUCGGGCUGCGCCAUUCCCCCCCCCACGACGGCGCGUCCUCCCUUCCUCCCUCCUCCUGGCUUCUCCCUGCCCUGCCUAGAGGAGGAAGGGGGCUGGGCUUUGUUGAGCCACAGUUGGCUGAGCGCCAUUUUAAGCAGCCCCUCUCCAGAGCCAGCAAUUUUGCGCCACUCAUCGUCCCUCCGCCGCCGCCCCCAGCCCCUGCCGCUCGCAAGGGACAGGAGCUGCGGGUAGCUGAGUGCUAUUUAAAGCAGAGCAGCCCCUCUCUGGAGACAGCUCUUUCGUGCCGCAAUGCGCUUUAUGUGGGGCUACCUUUGAAGGUGACCCGGAAACCGCAAUUAAUCCAGAAUGCGGCAGCUAGACUGGUGACUGGGAGCGGCCGCCAAGACCACAUAACACCGGUCCUCAGAGAUCUGCAUUGGCUCCCAGUACGUUUCCGAGCACAAUUCAAAGUGUUGGUGCUGACCUUUAAAGCCUAAACAGCCUUGGUCCAGUAUAUCUGAAGGAGCGUCUCCACCCCCAUCAUCCAGCCCAGACACUGAGAUCCAGCACAGAGGGCCUUCUGGCGGUUCCCUCAUUGCGAGAAAAGAGGUUGCAGGGGACCAGACAGAGGGCCUUCUCGGUGGUGGCACCUGCCCUGUAGAACACGCACUCUUCAAGUGUGAAGGAAAUAAGAAGCUAUCCCAUCUUUAAAAGACUUCUGAAGGCAGCCCUGUUUAUGGAAGUUUUUAAUAUUUAAUGCUGUAUUGUUUUUAACACUCGAUUGGGAGCCGCCCAGAGUGGCUGGGGAAACUCAGCCAGAUGGGCAGGGUAUAAAUAAAACAUUGUUAUUAUUAUUGUUAUUAUCAUCAUCAUUAUCCCAUCGCCAGCCCCUACCGCUCGCAAGGCACAGGUAAGCAGCCACCGGGGCUCGUUUGGUGCUGUGGAGAACGGAGGGGACAGUCGGUGAGGGGAUUUCCCCCCCAACAUAGUCUGGCCCCCCACAAGGUCUGAGGGACAGUGGACCGGCCCCCUGUGGAAAAAGUUUACUGACCCCUGCUUUUAUCUCUCUCCCUACAGAUGAAAUCCGCACAGGGCCUUAUCACUCCCUCUUCCAUCCCGAACAGCUGAUCAGCGGCAAGGAAGAUGCAGCCAAUAACUACGCCCGAGGCCACUACACCAUCGGGAAGGAGAUCAUUGACACAGUCCUGGGCAGGAUUCGCAAAAUGGUUAAGUCCCCCCCCCACACACACAUGCCAACGUCUACACAACAGGAUGGAAUAAAAGCUUAAUUCACAAAUGUUCAUAGCCAGGCUGGAGCUAAACACAGGAAACCGCCUUAAUAAAAAGUCAGGCCAUCUUGUCCACCCAUCCCAGAGUUGUCUACUUUUUUUGGCUGGCACGGCCUUGCUCAGAGGUCCUUCCCAUCAGCUGCUCUCUUAACUGGAGGCACAUGGGAUGGGUUUUGGUACACAGUGUUGUGAACUGGUCUGAUGGGGAAAGUGGCAAGGCUGGUCCAAACACGCUGGAGCACAGGCAGCUCUGAGUGAGCAGAUAGGGGCCUUUUGCUUGAUAUUUUUACCCCCUCCCAUUGCAAGACUCUCCCGAUCUGAUUUUUGAGAAAGGAGGGGGCAGAAACUGCUCUUCUCUUCUUCCGCUCAUGCCUGACUGCCUGACUGAAUCUGAGUGUGGAGAGAGUCUUAUCUACGUACCUGAGUGGGAGCUGUAACACUCAUGCAAGCCAGUACAUCGGAUUAAGUACUUACCGUAUUUUUGCUCUAUAAGACUCACUUUUUCUUUCCUAAAAAGUAAGGGAAAUGUGUGUGCGUCUUAUGGAGCGAGAUGUCUAGGUCUGCGCAGUUUCCUAUCCCAGAAGCCAGAACAGCAAGAGGGAUUGCUGCUUUCACUGCACAGCUGAUCCCUCUUGCUGUUCUGGCUUCUGGGAUUCAGAAUAUUUUUUUCCUUGUUUUCCUCCUCCAAAAACUUGGUGCGUCUUAUAGAGCGAAAAAUACGGUAAUUCGUUCUGGAGGUCCGUUCUUAACCUGAAACUGUUCUUAACCUGAAGCACCACUUUAGCUAAUGGGGCCUCCCGCUGCCGCCGGAGCACGAUUUCUGUUCUUAUCCUGAAGCAAAAUUCUUAACCUGGAGCACUAUUUCUGGGUUAGCAGAGUCUGUAACCUGAAGUGUAUGUAAUCUGAGGUACCACUGUAGUUCUUUAGUUUGUAGUAGCUAUUAGAAAUAAAAGGAGUUAUGCUUCACAGCUAGCUUCUGCGUUAUUUAUACUCCGCUGAGUUUGGUGCUCACAAUGCACAGUUGUGGGUCCAGUGCACUGGGACCUGCUUUUGGAAGGUCUCUGAAAGUGCUCCAGUCGCCUAGCCCAGUCGGGGCAGAACCAGUUAUUGAGCCCAGUCGCUGACAUCGGUUGAAAGGCAUACAGUGGUACCUCGGGUUAAGAACUCAAUUCGUUCUGGAGGUCCGUUCUUAACCUGAAACUGUUCUUUCUUUCUUUUUUUAAAUAAUGUUUAUUAAGAGUUUAGAAAUUACAAAAAGAAGAGAAAAAAAAGUUAAACAAAGCAAAACAAUACAAUACAUAUAGAACAGAAAACACUACUUAUCUUAACAAAACACAAAAACAGAAACAAUUAAAAACACAUCCAAUAUUUCCAUAUCUUAUCUUUCAUUUACUUGUUUUGACGACCUCCUCACACCUCCCUUUUUUGUAUUCUAGUUCAAUUAGCUAUUUCAGCAAAUCCUUUCCAUCUUUCUCAGUUUUUGUCCCAUAAUUUAUCUUAACACAAUCUAACCUUAUUUUUUUUCCCCUUUAGCCCAUUAACAGUCUAUUUUUACUUAAUUCUUUAUAACAUUUCUGCUAAAGCCAUAUAACUUCAUUCCAGCAUCCUUCUAACAUUCAUUAAUUUUACAGUGUUUCUGUAAAUAGUCUUUAAAUUUUUUCCAAACCUGAAACUGUUCUUAACCUGAAGCGCCACUUUAGCUAAUGGGGCCCUCCCACUGCCGCCGCGCGAUUUCUGUUCUCAUCCUGAAGCAAAGUUCUUAACCCGAGGUACUAUUUCUGGGUUAGCGGAGUCUGUAACCUGAAGUGUCUGUAACCUGAAGCGUCUGUAACCCGAAGUACCACUGUACUGACACUUUUAUGCCUCUGUAUCCAGGCUCCUCCCCCUUGAGAGAGCUUCAGAGCCUUAAAGAGUCAACCUCUGGCCUGAAGGUCGUGGCCACUCCUCCAUCAUGCCACAGCCUCCCUCCUAAUGAGCCGCUGGACGGGUGAUGAGUGGUGCAAGGCAUCCAGGCUCUGGUCCAAGAAGCCUUGGUGGUCUGAGACGUUCCACUGGAAGUUCUUUUUUUAAAAAAAAUAUUUUUAAUUGAUUUUUACAAAUAAUUUCCAAAAAUCACGUAACAUACUUUCUUAUCUUAUACAAUGUUUUGGACUUCCAUCAACUGCAUCUGAAGAUUUUCCAGUCUUUAUCACUUAAUCUGCAUUUCAUUAUUUUCAGUAUUACAUUUAAUACUCCUUCACUAAUAAUUCCUAUCAUAGUUUUCUUUGCAAUGUUUCACAUAGUCCUCCUUACAAACUUAUUGCAAUCCUACUGGCAUAAUCUGUUGAUUACAAUUGCUUUUCAAGUAGUUCAUAUAUUUACUCCAGUCCUCUCAGAGAUUCUCAAUCUCUGAUCCCGCAGGUUUUGAAUCCUGUCAUCUUAUCCAAUUCUGCACAGUCCAUUAAUUUCGUCUACUAUUCUUUCGUCGGUAGUUCUUGUUUCCAUUUCUGUGCCAACAAUACUCUUGCUGCUGUUGUUGCAUAUAAAAACAGUUUAUUGUCCUGUCUAUUAAUGUCCUCACUUACAAUGCCAAGUAAAAAUGCUUCUGGUAUAUAUAUAUAUAUAUAUAUAUAUAUAAAUGUAUAUUUCUACAUCUUUUUCAUCUCAUUAUAUAUCAUUUCCACUGGAAGUUCUUGUCCAGUUGCCUCACAUGCAAUGGCCUCCCUAUCUUCAGCAGUCAGCUCUGGGUCCUGACCCCAGACCCUGCUCCACAUCUUGUGCCCUGCAGCCUCUGACUCGGUGUCCAGGGUUGCUUUGCAUUGCACCACUCUGGGCUCCUUCCAAUGUCCAGAAGAUCAGUGAUUAUGUACCUGGAGGAUCCCACCUCCGGUGUUUCUAACAUCUCAAAUGGUUUGCUUUUAGGAGUAAUAGUUAAAUGGAGCUCUGACUUAGAAGAGGCACUCCUUGACUCUUGGGAUCACUGAGUGUUUUCUGUCAAAUCCCCUACUGCUUUAAGGUGGGCUACGUUCAGGUGCCACAAGCCCAGUCCUUCAAACCACGGUUUGGCAACUUGGGACUGUGCCGUGGGUUCCCUCCUCCUCCACUUCCUGGUUUUCUCCCAUCACAGUUUGCUGUGAUACCCCAAUUGGGCAAACCAUGGUUAGCACCUAAACCUGGUCCCACUUUGUGCAUAUGUACAGUACAUGAUCACAUAGCUGUUGAGCAACGUUCUUACUAAUUGAGCUGUUAUAUUGCCAACAGCCAUCUCUAAUAACCAAAUUUCUGUUCCUGAUGCAGGCUGACCAAUGCAGCGGCCUCCAAGGUUUCUUGGUCUUCCACAGCUUCGGCGGAGGAACAGGGUCAGGCUUCACUUCGCUUCUGAUGGAGCGACUCUCGGUGGAGUACAGCAAGAAGUCAAAACUGGAGUUCUCUGUGUAUCCUGCCCCACAGGUCUCCACAGCCGUCGUGGAGCCCUACAACUCUAUCCUGACCACCCACACCACCCUGGAGCACUCCGACUGCUCGUUCAUGGUGGACAAUGAAGCCAUCUAUGACAUCUGCAACCGCAACCUUGACAUCGAACGCCCCACCUACACCAACCUCAACAGGUUGAUCGGGCAGAUCGUCUCGUCCGUGACGGCUUCCUUGAGGUUCAACGGCGCCCUGAACGUCGACCUGAUAGAAUUCCAGACCAACCUGGUGCCUUACCCCAGGAUCCACUUCCCCUUGACCACCUACGCCCCCAUCAUCUCGGCCGAGAAGGCCUACCACGAGCAGCUCUCCGUGCCAGAGAUCACCAACGCCUGCUUCGAGUUCUCCAACCAGAUGGUGAAGUGUGACCCGCGCCGGGGCAAGUACAUGGCUUGCUGCCUCCUGUACCGGGGGGACGUGGUGCCCAAGGAUGUCAACGCGGCCAUCGCGGCCAUCAAGACCAGGAGGUCCAUCCAGUUUGUGGACUGGUGUCCCACCGGCUUCAAGGUAGGCAUCAACUACCAGCCGCCCACGGUGGUGCCCGGGGGGGACCUGGCAAAGGUGCAGCGGGCUGUCUGCAUGCUGAGCAACACCACCGCCAUCGCGGAGGCCUGGGCCCGGCUGGACCACAAGUUCGACCUGAUGUACGCCAAGAGGGCCUUUGUCCACUGGUACGUUGGGGAGGGCAUGGAGGAGGGGGAGUUCUCCGAAGCCCGGGAGGACCUGGCUGCCCUGGAGAAGGAUUACGAGGAAGUCGGGAGGGAUUCUGCGGACGGGGAGGAAGAGGAUGCUGAGGAAGAAUAUUAAACCCAAGGCCAUGCGUCUGUAUGGGCCAAUCCUGCAUGCAACUGGGCUAAGAUGGGGAGGUGAACCAAAUCUGUUGACUCUUUCUUUUAAAAAAAACCCAAAAAAACCCAACACCCCAUAAUAAACAUUACUGUAUCUCUUACAAGACUUGUGUAGCGUAAGGACUCUUUAACACAUUGUACUUUGUUUAGAAGGCACUUCCUUGUAGCUUUUUGAAUCUUUACUUCCUAUCUUAGAAUUAUGUGAAAUUAACUCUUUUGAGCGCGGAUCUUCGGAGGGGGCGGGUGCAGGAGAGGCUUGGCUGUCCUGUAUCGCUUCUGCGCACUCGAGAAUGGGUAAGGGGGGGGAGUACCCUUUAUUAUUAGAAGACGCUGUGAUCUGCUUCUUUGUACUUUAAUAAUAAAAAAGUGGAACAACUCU